CUGAGGCUGUCAGGGUGCUGAGGAGCCGAGCCGUGAGCUGCCACCAUGCAGAUCUCCUGGGCUGUGUGCUCUGUCUGCGUCCUCAUCCAAAUCGCAUCCCGGGCAGCUGGAGGAUGGCAAGUGUUCAAAAAUGAUGCGACAGAAAUCAUCCCUGAGAUCACCGAAAAUACAGAGACCCCCAUGGAGCAGAUUUACAGCAACAACAACACGAUGAACCAGGCAAAGCAUGGGGGAAGGCACAUACAUCACACGCUAACACCCUUCUCCUUUGCAGAUGUCUCCGACUUCAGCUGCAGAGAGAUGCGCAUCACCCGCUACGUGACAGAGGGGCCGUGCCGCAGCCUGAAGCCCGUGAAGGAGCUGGUUUGCUCGGGGCAGUGCGUCCCAUCCCACCUCCUGCCCAACUCCAUCGGCAGAGGGAAGUGGUGGAGGCAGAACUCCCCGGAUUAUCGCUGCAUCCCGGCUCACACCCGCACGCAGCGCAUCCAGAUGGCGUGUCCUGACGAUGAGACUCGGACUUACAAAUUCCGAGCGGUCACAGCCUGCAAGUGCAAGCGAUACACUCGAUACCACAACCAGUCUGAGCUGAAGGACUUUGGGAAGGAGCCCGCCAGGCAGCAGAAGAACAAGAAGUCACGUCUGUCCCGAGCCAGGAGCAGCAAACCGAACCAGCAUGAGCUGGAAAACGCCUAUUAGGAGGUCGUGCCAAGUGAUGCAGCCCAGCAGCUCUGGAUAUUUUAUACCAUAUACAGCGGCAUGCACAGGCCGAGCACGAGGGUCUGACUGCAGGUGGUUCCAAUUCCUUCUGCUACGCUGGGUCUAAGGCUCACAUAGUCAAAAUCCAUCAGAUGAUAGCGGUUAUGGUCUGAUAAGAGAAUGAGAUAAACCGAGCUGGUGGGAGCAGCAGCUACGUUCAGUUUGAGAGGAGGGGACACCCUGGGGGUCAGCAUGAGGCCACCUGGUUUGUACAAGGAGAGGGAGGCGAGGCUGUUAGGGUACAGUGACUGCACACCUGGUUAGGAGUCGUUCUGCUUGUGGACGUGGAAGGAAUGCCACAUCCCUUUCCCUUUUCUGAAUCCCGUGGUGCAGGACAAGUGAGGUGGGGCACUGCAGUCCCAUUGGGUUGGGGAUGCUGGGGUUGGGGAGGCUGGAGCUGGAGCCAGGCUGCCAGAAGGGAACGUCCUCUGCCAGGUGUCCUCAUGCCCCAGUGGUUUCCUUCGAGAAAGAAAACCAAAAUAUGACAUUUGUGCUCUCAUAAGUGUGACCAAUCCACGUCACACUUCUAAUUAGAAUGCUGUAGGGCCAACAGGUUCAGAACUGAGAACUGACAACCAAACCAUCCUAUUCUUUUAGGAGCAAGGGUUUGGGUUAGGACCAGUUAAGCGAGUUCUCCUAAGGGAAGCAGUUUUAGGAAAUGGAUGCUCCUCUCAAGAGAGAUAACCUCACUGAUGUUUGUCUUGUAAACAGCUAAUGAUGUGCACAGUUUAGCAUUAAAAAAUACUGAUUAGUCCUUGUUUCCUAGUACACAACUGACUUUAGUAUCAACCUAGAUAUCUCAAUGUACAUUUCCUGUUCUGUAGCCUUUGAAUGACUUGGCCAUACACCUUGUAGAGCUAAGACUGUGCAAGCCAAGUUCUGGGAGAAGGGUUCUGCAUGAGAAGUGGGCCUCUGCUAAUCUGAAAGUCAUGAAUUCCUUUAGAAAAGUCUUUGUUAUGUGCAGCUCUGGUACAUCUUUAGUUUGACAGCAACUGUACUUCUCAACAUUCAGACUGAAGUUUGUGUUUUUCCAUUAAAGAAUAUUACUGGGAAGUGAAUAGCCACACGCUGUACGUAUCCUGUAGAAGUGCUUGGCCUAGAAUCAGACGAACACAACUUGGGAUAAAGGCAGUUCCUCUCUGUUCUUAUUUUCUGUCUAGAGCUUAUGCAGAGAUCAUACCAACUAUGGCAGUUUGCCAUGUUGAUUAUAGAUUUUGCAGUUAUUUUAUGUGGGACCAGAAUCUAGAGAGAAAAGCUAUUGUUUCAAAGAGUGAAUUAUGUAUUUAUUUUGUCUCAAAAAUUAUUUAUGCAACGUUUUCCCUUGUAGAGAAUGAGAAGUUAA